UAUACUGUCGUUUACGGGCAUGAACUGAAGUAGUAUUUUUUACAGUGAGAGGCUGAAAGCGAGAAGCUAAAUGCUCCAAACAGCGGCGAGCAGCAGACGCUGAGCAUCUCUCACCAGACAAUGGACAAGCUCCACUAGCACCCGUGUAGUUUAAACCACGUCUAGAAAGCACUGUUUCUGUGUGUGGAGAGUUGGACUCGGGAGUCAGCGAGCUCCUGUCCUAAUUUGGCUGUGAGGAUCAAGCACCAGUCAGCUACGCAGCCUGACCAGAGUCUAAGAUGCCCUAGGCGGGGAGAAGGGAAAUGUAAAUGGCUUCCAAAGUGAAAGAUGCUGUGGUGUGGUACCAGAAAAAGAUCGGCGCCUAUGAUCAACAAAUAUGGGAGAAAUCUGUGGAGCAGCGAGAAAUAAAGGGCUUGAGGAACAAGCCGAAGAAGACAGGUCACGUCAAACCGGACCUCAUAGAUGUGGAUUUGGUUAGAGGUUCGGCGUUUGCGAAAGCCAAACCAGAGAGUCCUUGGACGUCACUGACCAGGAAGGGCAUCGUCAGAGUCGUCUUCUUCCCGUUCUUCUAUCGAUGGUGGAUCCAGGUCACCUCCAGAGCCAUUUUCCUCUUACUGCUGGCUCUCUAUCUGCUGCAAGUGGCAGCAGCGUUCUUGUAUGUGACCAUCCCUCAGCCUCAUGGGAUACCGGCCACCGAAGUGUUCGGAGCCAUCUGGCUCAUGCUGCUGCUGGGCACCGUCCACUGUCAGAUCGUCUCCACCAGGACCCCGAAACCUGCCUCCAGCAGCGGGGGGAAGAGACGCAGGAAGUUGAGGAAGGCAUCUCAGAUGGAGGUGCAUAGGGAAGGCGACGGGUCUAGCACUACCGAUAACACACAGGAGGGGGCGCCACACUCCCACUCAGCCAGCACCACAUACAGCCUGGGCGCUCUCUUCCAAGAUUUCUGGCAUGAUAUCUGUAAAGCUGGAUCUAAGAAGUCCAAGCUGUCCAUCGACAAGUCGACAGAGACGGACAACGGUUACGUGUCACUGGACGGCCGUGUGACCAAUCGCAGCAGCGAGGAAGGGCUUCAGCUCCACGAGCAGCGAUGCGAUUCGCUAAACAGAGCCGACGAGGUGUGCUGGAACUCGCACGUCCAGCCCGCGCACGCUCACGCACCGCGCAGCCCGGGACUGAUGCUGGCCAGCGGCAACAAGGAGCCAGCGUCAGACGAGGCCUCCAGUGAGGAGGACCCUGAAGCGUCCUACAGCGCCCUUCGUAGGGGAGUAGAGAGAAUGAACAGCGACUGUACGCUCCGAAACCGCAAGAACGCACACCAUUACAAGAAACACUACGCUGUGGAGGACGUCCCCAAGUCCGGCACCAGCUGUAGCUCCAGAUGUUCCAGUCUGAGAACUCAGGACUCAGAGAGCACUCGACACGAGUCCGAGACAGAGGACCUGCUGUGGGAAGACUUUCUGCACUGUGCCGAGUGCAGAUCAUCCUGCACCUCAGAGACGGAGGGAGAAGGAGGAGGCACGCCUGUCUGUGCGCUGGCUAAAAAGGAAUACAGAGACGACCCUUUCCAUCAGGGUCACGUUCCCUGGCUGCACAGCUCCAACCCCGGCCUGGAGAGAGUGAGCGCCAUCGUGUGGGAGGGAAACGAGUGCAAGAAGGCCGACAUGUCCGUCCUGGAGAUCAGUGGCAUGAUCAUGAACCGAGUGAAUCUCUACACUCCAGGUAUUGGUUACCAGGUGUUUGGGAACCUGGUUUCUGUGACCCUCGGCCUCACGCCUUUUGCUUACAGGCUGUCUCAGUACCGCGAUUUGGAUCAGCUGACCACACUCUCAGCCAAUGAGCUGCUGUCUGUGGCGCUGGGGGGCGGGUCCGGAUCAGAUGCCUUGGUUAUCACCAUGGUAACACUGAGCUUCUUGGUGCGCGUUUGCCUUAUAUGGCUCUUCUUCUUCCUGCUCAGCGUAGCGGAGAGGACCUACAAACAGAGGCUACUGUUUGCCAAACUGUUUGGUCACCUGACUUCGGCCCGCAGAGCCAGGAAGUCUGAGGUUCCCCAUUUUAGACUGAAGAAAGUUCAGAACAUCAAGAUGUGGCUGUCGCUACGCUCCUACCUCAAGAGACGGGGUCCUCAGCGGUCUGUGGACGUGAUCGUGUCAUCGGCCUUCCUGCUCACUUUAUCUGUCGUCUUCAUCUGCUGUGCCCAGUUGCUCCACGUCCAUGAAACAUUCCUGGAGUGUCACUAUAACUGGGAGCUGGUGAUCUGGUGCUCCAGUCUGUCUCUGUUCCUGCUCAGGUUCGUCACUCUGGGCUCUGAGACCAGCAAGAAGUACAGUAACACCUCCAUACUGCUCACAGAACAGAUCAACCUGUAUCUGAAGAUGGAGAAGAAGCCCAAUAAGAAAGAGGAGCUGACACUGGUCAACAACGUCUUAAAACUGGCUACCAAACUACUCAAGGAGUUGGACACUCCCUUCAGGUUGUACGGUUUGACUAUGAACCCUCUGCUCUACAACAUCACCCAGGUGGUCAUCUUGUCCGCCGUGUCGGGAGUCAUAUCUGACCUAUUAGGAUUUAACCUGAAGCUGUGGAAGAUCAAAUCGUGACAGUGAACAGAGAAACGGCGUUGACCCUUCACUCUCACUGACUGAAAGACUGCACGUCAGUCUCGACAUAUCAGAGUGCUUUGACCUUCAACGUUCCCACUUUGUGCAAUUCACAAACUAUUUAUUUACCCACUCAGUGUUUUACUUAGGUUUUAUUUGAAUUCUAGUUUGUUUCAUAUUGUGUUUUACGACACAAAACAAUGCUCUAUUUUAACUGUCAACAAAAAGUGUUAGUAUUAUUAUAUAAAGCAUAAAUUAUUAUUAUUGUGAUGGUUUAGGUUCUCAGCUGUGUUUGCGACAGUUCGGUUUUCAUUUCAGCUCGUCAGAUGUUUGAAGUCAAGAUGAGCUGCAAUAUUAAGCUGCGGUUAGAGCAAACAUCAUUUAUGUGUAACUUCUGUGUUUUUAUUUGCUGAAAGUUAUUAUUUAUAUGUCGAGUGAGUUUCAAAGCAAAAACUUCAGUUUCUGUUACGGUUACCUGUUUUCAAUAAGUACAUACAUGUUAUUCCAGUGGCUUUCUUCCAACGGCAAAACAAUUGAGACCAUCAUUUCUAUGACAUUUUUACGCUGAAGUAUUAAUAUGUUUUAAAAAAAAAAAAAAAACAUGAACCAACUAUAGUUACAAACCUGGCUGGUCUGGCAAAGAAAACGGUCACCUGAGAUUAAUGACGACAGAUAUGUUUGCUAUAAUCCGUCUGUAUUGUGAGUUCUCAUCACCUCGGUUUCUCAUAAUUAAUUUGGAGCUACUGUCUACUCUCUGAUUCACGCCACAGCCCAGAUAUAAAAGUAGAAAAUGUAAAUUAUGACAUUUACAUAUCCGUUAAAGUCCACAGCUCCAUUUUUCAUUUACUGACGUACCUGAGAGUUUUGUUCUCACCGGGGAAAAGAUGACAUGCUGGUCGACACUGCAAAAAAAAAACAAUCAUCCAGUUAAUGGAAAUAACAAAACAUGGCAGAAAUGUGACAUUUACAUUAAGAAAUGUAAACAUAAUCAUUACAGACGUGCAGGCUUGUAUGUAGACAUACAGGUAAAGUUAAUGGUUCUUCAUCGCAGCCGGCGUGAAAUAAGAAAAUCCCUUUUUAUUUAUUUUUAUUUUCUCCGCACAGACGGCGCUCUGUCUCAAUCGUCAUCACUCUGCUUUAUUUUGUUGCUUUUUGAGUUCACUGGGUUUAAGUUUCAUGCCUCAUAUCUCAGUGGGUUUGACAGUAUUUCUAAUAACACGUGUAAGUGGUGACAUUUUCACGUGACGUCCGUUUAAACACGCAGGUAAUGAAACAAAUCAGAUGUUGGCAGAGCUCGAUGGGCUUUAGUUCAGCGCAGAUUUCUUUUAGGACGUCGGCCUUGUUCCUGCGUGUGAAACUAUUUCCUAAAUUACUCAACAAGAUUGUUUCUUUAAUCCUUGACAAAAAGUCUUUAGUUUCAGGUUUAAAAGAGAAAUCUGAUCAGAACUUCUUGUUUUUCUGCUUGAUUUGUUGUUUCUGUCAAUUUUAGAGCUGCAACGAUGAAAAUUAAUUGGCAAUUAUUUUGAUAAUAAAUCUUUUUUUUUCUGUCAUUUUUGAAGCAAAAUACUGUUUGGUUCAAGCUUCUAAAAAUGUGACGGUUUGUUAUUUUUCUUUGUCAUAUAUGACAGAUAAUUGAAGAUCUGAAGGUUUUGGACGGUUACACAAAAUAAGCCAAUUAAUGACUCAGACAUAUUGAACGCCAUUUUCUAAACUUUUUUGGUGUUUAAUUAACUAAACACGUAAUCGAGAAAAUAAUUGGCAGAUUAAUCGAUGAUGAAAAUCAUCUUUAGUUGCAGCUCUGGUCAAUUUACACAGAUUUGUUUGUCAAACUGAGACUCAGUCUAUUCAGGGAGAGUCAGGUUUUGGGAAAUCUGUUGUUGAAUCGUUCCAUUCAAAAAUAAGUAACGGAGUCCGAUUACAGUACCUGCAUAAAAUAAUACAAUCUUUGCUCUCUGGAGCUCUUCUUUGACAGAAAAGGCGACAUUUUAGUGUAAUUUUCUGGAUUUCUUUGUGUCAUAUUUGUGUUGCAGCUCAGUUUAAAACCUUGAAAUGUAUUUUGUCACUGAGAGUCGAGGCUUGAUGCUGUAUCUCAUAUAUCAUAACGACAAGAAAGUAGUUUUACCUCCUGACUGACUGAUUCAUCUGCUAGAUUCAAACAUUUUUUCGGUUGGUCAGUCUUGUGUCCAUCAGUAUUAGUUUGUUCCAUCAAUUCAAACAGUUCAGAAAUUCAGUGGAUUUUGGUAUCAAACUCCUGCAGUUCAAGUAGAUUCAUGUGCAUGACAUUUGACGAGUCUGUUAGCGUCUGCCUGUUGAAGGCUUUUUAUACACUGCAGUUAAAAAAGUGUCUGAACGUGAAUGAAACAUGCACUUUAAAAAGACAGAUUUUUAAAAAUGGAGGAAGAAAAGAAGUUACAUCUUAUUUCAUUGUCAAGAGAUUUUUUUUUUUGUACCUCACCUGCUUGGCACAGUGUGUUAGUGUGUGUGUGUGUGUUUGUUUGAGCGUUUGCUGUUAAAGCCAAUGCUAGCUCUGAACUUCAAAAUAUUGUAUCGACAAUUUGCAUCACUCUCUGAAGUAGAUCCUACAUGGUACGUGAAGUUAUCAUGCCCUCAGAAAACAUCUUAAAAUGUGAUUAAAAUGCUGACACACAAGUCGUUGCCUCGGUUAAGGAGUUAGCAUGUUGCUAACUGGAACUAACUUCAUACAUGAAAAUGCUAGCAUAAUCAUCUUCGUGUGUUUGAGGAGGAAGACCAAAGUGCUUACUUUUACUGUCUGUGUUUGUUUGUCUCUGCUGGAAAAAGAAUGUAUUUGCAGCGUUAUGCUUUAAAUCUAUUUGUUUCCCUUUGGAAAUACUUUAAGUUGUAUCGUAUGUUUUCUUUUUGGCAUUGCGCUUUUUGUUCUUUCAUUAUUCAUCUGUAAAGGUUGUUCUGUUCCUCACGCUCGUUGGAAAGAAGAGGCACGUUUUACUGUGUUUUUGAAGGAACAAAGAAGUUUGAAAUGUUUGAAAAUGAAUCUAGGUAAAAGGACUCUAUGUUGUGAUUCUGUUUUAAAAGAGUCUGAAUAUUUAGAUUUAGAUUUUUUUGUGAACUGUUCUGUCCACAAGGUCUACAUUUUUAUAAGAAAAUAAAAAGAAAUGGAUGUUGA